GAGAAGAAAAAUAUUUCACAGGGAAAGAUAAAAUAGAGACUGGAACUAGAGAGCGCGCGCGAGGGAGGGGGAGAGAGAGAGAGAGAGCUGUGUGCGAAGCUUUGUUCACUCGAAUAAUUUUAUUGGCGGUUAGGGUUUUAAUCGAUCUGAAUUUAAACCCGAGCUGUGCCACACCACAAAAUUCAAUAUUUUGUUUCCAUAAAAUACACUCUUUUCUCUUUUUCUAAACCCUAAUUUUAUUCGACUCCUCUGUCAAUUGCCCCUGCAAUUCAAUCUGUGCUUUUUGAACCGUGAAUUCCACGGACUUCGUGAAUAGGAUAAGCUUAUCACAUGGGCACUCAAGACAAGACACCAAACGCUAACAAUUCCAUGCAGCGUGUUAAGGUGUACCGCCUGAAUGAGGAGGGGAAAUGGGAUGACCAAGGAACUGGCCAUGUCACUGUUGAUCCUCUGGAGAGAUCAGAAGAUCUGGGAUUGUUUGUUAUUGAUGAGGAAGACAGUGAAACAUUAUUAUUGCACCGGAUCAGCUCACAAGAUAUUUAUCGUAAGCAAGAAGAUACAAUUAUUUCGUGGAGAGAUCCAGAGUUUUCAACUGAAUUGGCCCUUAGCUUUCAGGAGAUGACUGGUUGCUCUUACAUAUGGGACCAUAUAUGUAGCGUGCAAAGGAAUAUACAAUUUAGCUCUCUUAGUAAUGAGACGUACCAUAAUGUCAAUAAUGAGUUGAGGGAGUUGCCUCCAGUUGAGCUAUCUACUCUCCCUUUGAUACUUAAGAUUGUAGUUGAGAGUGGCAUCGCUGGUCAAUUGCGUGUGAAUGAACUCAUACUACACUAUCAAGAUUUCUUCCCAAAGCUGGUGGACCUGUUUAAGAUUUGUGAAGAUUUGGAAAAUAUUGAUGGUCUUCACAUGAUUUUCAAAUUAGUUAGAGGAAUCAUUUUACUAAAUAGUCCCCAGAUUUUUGAGAAAAUAUUCGGGGAUGAAUUGAUCAUGGAUAUAAUUGGAUGCCUUGAAUUUGAUCCCGAUGUACCUCAUGUUCAUCAUCGCAGUUUUUUAAAAGAGCAUGUAGUGUUCAAGGAGGCUAUGCCUAUUAAAGACCCUUUAGUCCUUUCCAAGAUUCAUCAAACUUACAGGAUCGGUUAUCUGAAGGAUGUCAUUUUGCCUAGAGCAUUGGAUGAGGCCACCAUUGCAAGUCUUAAUUCUAUAAUUCAUUCAAAUAAUGCAACCGUUGUUUCAUUGUUGAAAGAUGACAGCACCUUCAUUCAGGAAUUGUUUGCAAGGUUGAAGUGUCCAACCACUUCCGCAGAUUCAAAAAAAACAUUGGUACACUUCUUGCAUGAGUUUUGUACCUUAAGCAAGAGCUUGCAGAUGGUUCAGCAGCUCCGACUAUUUAGGGAUCUUGUCAGUGAAGGCAUAUUUGACAUCAUUGCUGACGUUUUGCAGAGUGAUGACAAAAAGCUUGUGUUGACUGGGACAGACAUUCUCAUUCUUUUUCUGAAUCAGGAUCCCAGUAUCUUACGUUCUUAUGUAACUAGGCAAGAAGGUGUUCUUUUUGGACUUUUGGUGAAAAAUAUGCUAACAGAUUUUGGAGAUGAUAUGCACUGCCAAUUUCUUGAAAUUCUUCGCAGUCUUUUGGAUUCAUAUACAUCAGCGUCACAGAGAGAGAGUAUUGUUGAAAUUUUCUACGAGAAGCACUUGGGUCAGUUAAUAGAUGCUAUAACAUCAUCAUGCCAACCAAAUGAUGCUGCUCAAACAAGCAGUAAGUUUGUGAGCUCAGGAGGAGGAAAUGGGAACCAAAGGGGAGUGAGGCCUGAAAUACUAUUGAGCAUUUGUGAUCUUCUAUGCUUCUGUGUUUUGCACCAUCCUUACAGAAUAAAAUGUGAUUUUUUACUUAAUAACGUGAUCGAUAAGGUUUUAUAUCUGACAAGAAGGCGGGAAAAGUAUCUUGUAGUUGCUGCUGUUAGAUUCGUGAGGACUCUUAUUUCUCGCAGUGAUGAGCAUCUUAUGGAUCACAUUGUGAAGAACAACCUUUUCAAACCCAUUGUAGAUGCAUUUGUUGCUAAUGGUGAUAGAUACAAUCUUUUGAACUCUGCCGUACUUGAACUAUUUGAAUUUAUCCGAAAGGAGAACUUGAAGAUAUUACUUAGAUAUAUUGUUGAUUCAUUCUGGGAUCAGUUGGUCAAACUUGAGAACUUGUCUUCCAUUCAAGCUCUAAAAGUUAAAUACGAGCAGUCCCUAGAGAGUACUGGAAUGAGAAGCACUGCUAGUUUGUUAGACCAGAGGAAACGGAUAGAUGAGCGUGCUUUGGAGAGAGAGGAAGAAGACUAUUUUAAUGAGGACAGUGAUGAAGAAAAUUCUGCAUCAGCUGCCAGCACUAACAGAGUGCAAUCUCAGCCUGUCUUGGCUAAUGGGUCUGCUCUAAACUACCCUUCGUUAAGGGCUAGUGGACUUGUUGACUAUGAAGAUGAUGAGGAUGAUGAAGAUUACAGGCCUCCACCUAAAAAACUGUCUGAUAUAUCUGAUGAAGACGAGGGGCUGGCAGAGUUCCGGUUAAAACGCAAAUCAGUUUCAAAGGAGGAGCCUGAGCCAAAAAGGUUGCUGCAGUCACCAAAGGGCCCAAAACCAAGAGAAGGUGUAUUUGCUGCCUUAUGCUCUACCUUAAGCCAGGCAGUACUACCAAGUAAGAAAACAACUGGUGCUGGAACUGACAGUCCUCAGUUGGAUGCAAGGAAGACCACCAUCGAACCAGCUUACAAUGUGAAGGGUUCUAUGAGGUCAUCUGAUGAUAAUGGAAAUGCAGAUAUGGAAUCCCAUUCCAAAGAUGAAGAAGCUUCUCCUAGAAGCUUUUCUGAUAGCUUGCAUGAUUACCCGGAGAAUGGGCAGCGAGGUGAUGACUGUUCAUUGCUACCACCCAAGUCCUCACCGGAAAUGGCUGUGAAUGGAUCCUGAGAGUUAUUUCUGGAAAGCUAUCCGUGUAAUUCACUAGCUGGCACUUGUGCUGCAGAAGAAUUGGCCAUGACUAUCUCAACUUUCAAUAGAGGGCUUGAUGAAAAAGAGCGAGCAAGGAUGCAGAGGGGAAUUUCAAAUGAAUAUCCCUUGACACUGGGAGGAUACUGUUCAGUUCCUGCCAUUUUAGGUGGAGUAAUUGUCGAUUGUAAAACAUUCAUCAACUAUAGCUUUUGCUUCUCCUAUUCUUCUCCCUUGCUCAAUCUCUUGUUCUGAUUUUAACGCGAACUCUACGAUACUCUGAUAGGGUUACAUUGUGUUCUGUAUAGAUAUUGUUUGUUUAUUAGACAAGUUUGUGGGACAGAGGCGCUGAGUAACGUGUAGGCCAAAUUUUGUGUUCAAAUGUUUUUCCAUUCGAGGUCUGAGGAAUUGUAUAAUAUAGCGUUUGAAGGGAAUGAUUGUCCUGGCGUCAAUCAUCAGAUGCAUUUCCCGUUAAUUUUGGUCUUGUUAUUCACGUUAAUGAAGUGUAAAAUCGUAUAACGCUGGCUGACUGGUAUAUACCUAUUUGGUUAAAGCUGACUCGGCGAUCAAUGGAAAAUAUUUUCAUUCUUA